UAUAGGGAAGAUAGGAGGCUCCCUCAUCGGCCAUUCCAAUUCUUUUGUCCCUUCUGCACCCCUUUCAGACCUCAUGACAGGACAGUCGUCCACAACUUCCAUAUUGAAACAAGCAUCGCCCAGCCAUCAGACAACCAGCCCAACCCAGUCAGACUUUCGGGACUCAACCUAAACGCAGUCUUCCUGACUCACCCAGACUUGGCAUGGGAGGCCACCUAUCCCACUUCUUCCACACUUUGGAAUCAAGCACGUCCAACAAGUGGGCCCUGAACACAAUAGAGCACAGCUACAAAAUAGUUCCUUUUUGUGCAGUCCCCAAAGACCGCUUCCUUCCAACACCCUGGUCAAACUGAGCUUCCAAGCAUGCAAACCUUCUCGGCGCUAUACAACACCUAGUAGCCAUAGCAGCGAUAGAACUGGUUCCUGUGCACCAAAGGGGCAGGGGCAUUUAUUCUAUUUACUUUGCCCCCCAAAAGAUGGUUCACUAAGGGCAGUCUUAGACCUCAAAUAUCUAAACAAAUGGUUCAGCACAGGAAGUUCAGGAUGGAGACUCUUAGCUCCAUAGUGGAGGCUCUCCAGCACUUGGACUACUUGGCAUCAGUAGAUCUGACAGAAGCUUACUUACACAUACCCGGCAAGCUGUCAUCCUUCUUCACUUCAGGUAUGCAGGUCUACAUUACCAAUACAGGGUGCUUCCAUUCGGGCUGUCAUCGGCACCUCGGAUUUUCACGAAGGUCCUGGCACCACUGAUGGAGCAUCUACAUCCACAAAAGUUACAGGUUUUUGCUUGUUCUGCAGUCUCUGCAUUGGUGGGCUCAUCCUUCCUAUCUAGAACAGGGCAAGAUGUUCCUGCCCCACCCGCCCAGGAUAAUCACUACCAUGGAUUACAGACUCGUGGGCUGGGAGACACACAGUCUCCACCACACUGCCUAGGAGAAGUGGAGUCCACUAGAAUGGAAGCACAGUAUAAACUGACUAGAACCUGGAGCCAUCCACCUAGCCCUCAACACUUUCCAUCCACUGCUACAACACCGGCACAUACUUAUCUGCACAGACAAUGUGACAGUGAAGGCUCAUGUGAACUGCCAGAAGGAACCAGCACCUAAAAUCCCUACAGCUGGGCGUGACUCUGCUACUCCAGUGGGUGGAGUUUCAUCUGUUAUUGCUGAUCACACACUAGAUAAGCAGCUCUCUAAACAUCUCGGGCGGACUGCUCAGCCGCACAAAACUUAACCCUGCAGCGUUCAUGCUCUUGAACCAAGCACUGGGCCACCCCAGAGUGGAUUUCUUCACCUCUCAGGCCAACACAGCUCCAACGUUUUUCACUUGCUUUCCCUGCAUAGGCAAUGCUGUGGAUGCCCUCUCAGCACAAUGGUCACAGGGGCUGCUCUACACCUUUCCGACAGUCCCAGUCAUCAGCAGACUCCUCUGUUGGAUUUGACUACUCAAAGCACAGGUGAUCCUGUUCGCACAGCACUGGCCUUGUCGCCCUUGGUUUGCAGACAUACUACACUUGGCAGUAGAGGGACCCUGGUUCUUCCCGGUAACCCCAGUUUUUCACCACAACCUGGUAUGGUUCAGGUUUGUUGUAUGGCGACUGACUAGGGCCUCUUGAGUCACUGUGGUUAUGUGCCAAAAGCCUUUGACACCAUCCUUGCUUCGCGGAAGGACUCAACCAACAAGAUCAGUGUAUAUAGCAAGUGGUCCUUCGUUGGUGUUGCAGGCGCAACUUCUGUCCGGAUCUCUAUAGCCUCCCCAAGUUGCUGCUUUUCCUCCAGGAGGCCCUGGACCAUGGACUUCGUGCUAACAUGUUAAAACAUCAAGCACUGGCCCUGGCUCCCCUACUCUUUGGCAAGAAGAUGUUAGCUUCUCACCUACGUCUCAAGGACUUUUAAAGAGGGACUACACUCAAGGCACCACCAGUGGUGCACAGAUUCCGCUUGUGGGACCUCCAAAAAGUCCUUGGGGUCCUCCUUGCGCCACCUUUUGAGCCCAUUUGUUCCAUAUCUCUACAGUUCCUGUCCUUCAGACUGGCCUUCCUGGUGACCAUCACCUCUGCCAGGUGUGUCUCAGAACUCAGGGCCCUGCCAGCAAAUUCAAAUUUCUGCAAUUUCUCAUCAAAUGCUGUACGCUUGUUUCCUGAUGCGUCCAUUCUUCCUAAAGUUGUACUUUUAUACAGCUGUAAACCACAACUGGAUUCUGAAGGCUCAAGAAAUAAGGAAUCUAACAACUCUUUCUGUGGCGGGAGGAUUUCGAGAUUAUCAAGUUCGUUCAGGAUUGGCCUUUCUGCCAAGAUCAAAUCAACCAAACUGUGCCUUAUCUGUUGUGAGUUCUGGAGUUCCUCGAGUCUGGGCCUCAACAGAUCACCUUUCCAUUGUUUGGUGUAAAGAAUUGAUCUUGGCCACUGUCCGAGCAUUUUUUGACCUUAUUGAUGAAAACACUAAGCAGAUAACAGAAGAUCCACACAAGAGAAUGCUGGUCUUGAAUCAUCAUUUUCUGAGGCAUCCAGCAAAAUUCCUUGGAGAACAGCCUGAACCACUUAGUGAACUAACAGGAGCAUUAACUUGGGUCCAGAUAAAAGCUUCAAAAUGGUCCUACACAGUAUACAAUGAAUCAGAUGGAAAAUAUUUUACUUUUCCCCUCUCAAGCCAUAGAAAAUCAUACAGUCAUGUCCACUGUCAAAACAAUAUAUUGGAUACACAUAGUUGGAUGUUUGGUUGUAUAAACAGUACUUCAUCUAUGUGUCUGCAAGGUGUUGACCUGACUUGGAAAGCUGAAUUACUGCCAACAGUUAAGGUUGUGACUCUGAAACUUCAAGACUAUCCUUCUUUAACUCAUCUUGUACUUCAUGUGCCAGCUGUCAAUGGUAAUAAGUUUACUUUGGACUGUGAGUUCUUUAAUGAAGCUUCAAGAACAGUGCAACUCCCUGUGACACAUCUUUUAUCUUUUGGGUUCUCUUCAAGCAAAAUCAUAUUAAAUUCAACUGGGCUUAUUCACAAUAUUCAGCUCCAACAUUUUGGUCAGAUCUAUCAGGCUUUUAAAAUCUAUGUAGAGAGCCACUGCCAGUCAUUCAAAGAAAGGAGGUCUAGUGUAUACCGACUUCAUAUACCAUGGUCACAUGAAGAUUCUUUAACUUGGUCUCAAGUUCCAUCUUCAACUGAGAUUUCUGCAAAACUGCACAUUGCACAGCCUGAAAAUGACACUACUGUUCCAGUGUUGAAUAUUUAUUCAUCUUCAGAUUGUAUAUAUGAAGUAACUCUCAAGACCUCCUUUCUGCAAGUUCUUGGCCAGGUAAUAAGGUUCCAUGGUGGCAUCAUUCCUGUGUACAUUAUUUCUAAUAUUCUUCUUGCCUAUGGAAGACAAUUAAAGUCCCUAAUUUCAACAGGCCAGUGUUCAGACUUUGUUCCUGCACUUACAAAAGCAGCCAGACCCUACAAAGUAGAACCUGUUGUGAAUAUUAUUAAGUUCUUGUUGGGGCUUAACUGGUUUAAAGGAAUUUGGGAUAUAUUAUUAUUACCGGAGUUGGAUGCUGUUACACCGAACAACCAGGAUAAAUCAUUUCCUUUUGUAUCCCUGAUUCUUUUUAUGUUUGGAACUGGCAUUGCCUAUUGGGGUGGUAUACUCUUCAAUUCAUCUAUAAGACUCUCAUCUUCACUGUGGUUAGCUGUGACCAGACCGUCUGACCUUCCACCAGACAACAGGUUGCUUACGCCUAGAAGGCUGUGUGUAGCUGCUUCCAUUGUUCUUUUGAGCUGGACCACGUGUGGUGCAUUGGCUAUAUUAAUCACCUAUUCUCAUUACGUCUUCAAGGUUAUUAAGCUACAUUCAAAUGUAAGAACAGAACUAAGUGUCCUUAAUAUGUCCUCGAAGAACUCAGAACAAAUUUCAGAUGAUUCAAAAAAAGAAUGUGGGAAAAGCUGUGAAUCAGUGGACAGCAUUGCAGAAGCAGCAACAUCCUCUAUCGGCCCCUCAGCCAUUGACAGAAUGGUAGAUAGCCUGAGGAUGCAUGUUACCGUCAUCAACUUGCUCACGUGGAUUGUGCUACUUACUUGUCCAUCUUUAAUUUACUGGCUAAAAAAUCUCAGGUACCAUAUAACACUUGAUCCUGAUCCAUAUAGAUUUCUUGCCCUCAUCCUCAUAGCCAUUUUGGAGAUACUCAUGAAUUCCAAUACUACAAAAGUUAAAUCAAGUAAACUAUUGAAGAUUGCAGUGCAUCUUCCAUUCCCUUCGUCUGUUGCUGUUGUGGCCUUUACACCAAUGCAUUUAUACCGAAUACCAUACUUCGUGAUCAUUCCUCUUUUUCUUCAUGCAUCAUGUUCUAUUGUGUAGAACCCUAAUUUGCCAAAGCACUGGACUCACCAAUGACAGAUGUGAGGGUUGAACAAAGGACCAUCUUGGACAACAUAACAAGAACCUAGUCUUCUGUCAACGACAGGAGUGAGACAAGUUUUGGAUAUAACAGAUGGAACAGUUAUUGUGGUCUGGAAAAUUAUUGUGUCUGGAAAAUGUGGGGGGUUGCACCUUAGAGUGUUUCUGAGUCUUAGCCCCUGGUGGCGCAGUGGUAAAACUGCCGCCCUGCAACCAGAAGGUUGCAUGAUCGAUCCUGACCAGGGGCUCAAGGUUGACUCAGCCUUCCAUCCUUCCGAGGUCGGUAAAAUGAGUACCCAGAAAUGUUGGGGGCAAUAUGCUAAAUCAUUGUAAACCGCUUAGAGAGCUUCCAGCUAUAGAGCGGUAUAUAAAUGUAAGUGCUAUUGCUAUUGCUAUUGCUAUUAACUGUAGAAAUUUUUAUUUUGGUAGGCACAACCUUCUUGAUCUAUGCCUGACACCAGUGAUAUAAGCUGAUGCUUGAUUUCUUUGAGGUUAGAGUAGCUGUUUGUUUAAGGUUGUGUGUUUGGGGUUUUUAGCACUUAUGAACUUGUGUAUCACAUGUGCUCUUGUGUUCUAAAGCACAGCAGAUACAGACAACAAAUGAAUGGAAUCAAACUGCUGCAAGAUGAAUUGCCAAGAAGAUAAUCGAAAUGUUCCUACCCCACAAUGGACAACUGUUGUGAUCUUGUUACUUUCUUAAGCGUACAUUAACUUAGAGUGCUGUUGUUGGUGACAAAUCCAAAGCUAUAUCAGAGCCUGCAAACUUGCGAGUGUGUCAAAAGUGGUGGUUGCUGAAUAUACCUCAGCAUAUAUUCAGUGAAAUGUAAUUCAGUAAGAGCAGAUAUGUAUGCUCUUUGUACUGUUACUCUGAACACUGCAGCAUCUGAAGCUCAGGGCAGAUUCUCAGGUUACUCUUUCUAUGCACAGAGAGUACAUGUAAGGCUGUAGAAAGUAACACAGGCAUAGUUACCCAAAUGUAUACUUCGACAUCAGUACAAUACUUUGAUGGGAAUACAAUACCCACAUGAGCUUCCCGAUAUCUGUAUCAGUUCAAGACCAAAAGGUGCAUUUGUGCUCAUUGUAUGCAAAACUGCUCCAGGCCAUCAGUCCCAAGUCAUUUCAUCAAGAUGGCGGAACAAACGCUAUGACGAAAUGGACCCCUGAGCAGCUUCCCUCUCACAGGGAUUCCCAGAUGUUGUUGACUACAACUCCCAUCAUCCCCAAGCAAAGGCUAUUGCAGCUGGAGAGGCGAGGAGUUGUAGUCAACAUCUGGGAAUUCCUGUUGGAGGGAACACUGCCCCUGAGGUAUUCCAUAAGACUGCUGAUGAAGCAACUAAACAUCCCUUUGGCCUGUCAGCAAAGAGUGAAACCACCUUAAGGCAGAACCACUUACCCUAUCCAGUCUCUUAAACUAUUGGCAGAGUGUGAACUGACAAUAGCGUGCGUGUGCACGCGCGCACACACAUCUCAAAGACACAAAUAUUGAUCUCUCUGUACAAAGGUUUCAAAAGAAUCUGCCCUCAAACAGAUGUCUUGAGUGGCAAAUGUUGAUUGUCUAUAACAAUCUGUAAAGUAGCAACUCAUUCUCUGGUACCUUAAGUGAAACGUGCAGGGCAUUCUCUCCAGUGGUCAACUUUGCUCUUGCAUCCCACCAUCAGUCACUUUAUAAACCUAGCCAAUUGAGUCCAAGCAUACAGUAAGUAAGUGACUGGCCUACCUAUAUUUAACUGUAUACGUUUCUAGUUUGUAACGUGUCCAUUGCCUUGAUAUCUAAGCGCAGAUAUUACAGGAUGCCUCCGCUCCUCCUGUUACAAUCUGAGAGCCAUUUCUCUCUGCCAGCUUACAGUACAUAUUCUGUCCUGCCUUUUGUCCAGUUGCAUAAUUCCUGCCUGAAGUGCCUCAUUUAAUUCUGGCUUGUGAUUAGCAAUUAUUUAGUUCUGAUGGGUAAAAAGAUCUCCUUACAAAUUGAUCUAACAUACGGUAGUUAAGAGAAAAAGGCUGUGCACACGAGUAGCCAAACCUAGGGUAGGGCAGCCCAGCCUGGGUUUGGCUGCCUGUGUGCACCGCCAGGAUUGAGCCCGAUCCCAGCGCUGCCCUCACGGCUAGCCCAACAUUAUACCCUGGUGCCGGGGUUGUGUGUGAGCUUGGGCUGCACGCAGCCUGAGCAUGCACAGAAUCUGGGCACCUAUAGCAGGGAUUUUUAACGUUGGGUCUCCAGCUGUUAUUGGACUUCAACUCCCAUAAUCACCAGUCCUAGUGACCUUUAGUUGGGGAUUAUGGGAGUUGAAGUCCUAUAACAUCUGGGGACCGUACGUUGAGAAUCCCUGACCUAGAGCACUCAACUCCCGGGGGAAUCCCCCAGUGCAUCACGCCCGUUGUGCUGUGCAUUAUGAGAUUCCUGGAGGCCAGGAAAACGGUCCCGGUCUCCACUGAUCCAUGCUGCCAGGGAGCAGCACGGAUCAUGUGGGUAUGUGGCGAUGCCCUGAAGAACCUGGCCACUGUCUGCAGGGAAGGUAGGUUCAAUCCCUAUCUUCCUGCCUGCUUGCCCGUAUGAAUAGCCUUAAAAUCUUUUAUAUUGUUAGUGCAGAACUCUACUGUGAGCUCGCAUACAAGUGUAAUAACUGUAUAUGAACCAUUAAGAGCAUUAUAACUGGAAUCAGUAUUUUAAAUGAAACAAUCUAGACUCAAGCAAGCUUUUUGGUCCCAGGAUCAUCACAUAAUUUUUAGCCUAUAAAAAUUAUUCUGUGCUACUUUUAAAUAAGUCCUUUGGGCAAACUGUGCUCUGAGAUCUAAUUUCCAAGCAUUUGUGUAGUACUAAAUUUGUGAAUUGGGGCACAAAUUGUGCUGUUGGUAUACUCUCAGUGCCCCUCUGUACUGCUAGCUUGAUUAUUCAGAGCUUCUGCUAGAAGUCCCUCUUGAUUGCUGUGCUGGGCUUUUUGCCAGUAGCUGGCAGUGUGAGGAGAAGCCGCAAACUCUUCAGGGGCCUUGCUUAUGCAGCAUGACCUUGAAGGGUGCUCCUGUUCCUCUUCAUAGUUACAUGGUAGGGGGGAUUUUGGCAGACAUUCUGUCACUUUGUUACAAUGACAGAAAGGGACCUUGCCAAAAGUUUCCUUGUCAAGCAGUUACUAAGGGCACAAGAGUACUCUUCAAAGCCGUGUGUGGACAUGCUUACUCAGAAAAGCCUGCCACUUCUGAUGAAGUGCAGAUGAGGUUCUGUUCCUUAAAGAGCCCUAACUUUGCUUCCCAACCUAUAUCUGUUCUGCAGUUAGGAAGAGUUGAUGUUUCUCCCCCAGUUUGACUGAGCAAAGGCAGGAGUGAUGCCCCACCCCAACCAGGUUAUAACGCCCAAUGUUGACUGCAGCAGCCUCUUGUUUGAUGGCACCUCAUCACCUCUCCAGCCACAACUGUUUACCUGAUUGUAAGGACUUAAAUAGAAGAUUGGAUGUUUGGAUCCAGUUGGAAGAGCCAUCCAAUUCACUCUAGUUCAGCAGGACACCUCUAGACGGUCACUUCAUCUGUAAUUACUUAUAGAUACUAUGAAGUCAACACCCUGUUUGUAUUCAUUGUAACUAUUAUCAAAUAUGGAAUGAUAGUUUUUGAGACGUGUGUGUGUGAGUGAAUAUGAAUGAAAUAGACAAGAUUGGCUUCUCAGUUAGUUAAUGCAACAUGCUGUUUGAAUUAUACAUAGCUCUUAUCCUGUAUAUACUUGAUAUAUAGUAUUUUUUAUUAUCUUUUCUAUGUGUAUUUGUAUUUUUGUACCUGGAGACUUUGGUUGUGAACAGAUACAUUUGUAGUUCUAGAAUUUAUGUGGUUUAGGGGUGCUCUUGCACUUUGGUCUCUGAAGCUUUCUACUUUUUGCACUUUGCCUUGUCCUCCCCCCACUAUGGUUUUUUAUUAAUAGUUUUUAUCAAUUGAAGACAGCCAAACAUCUAAAGUAUUUCAGUGAAUGGAGGAUACGGUAGAAAAUGCAACAUGAAUGAAAAGAAAGAUACAUAAAAUAGAUCAAAAUAUUAAAAACAACAUACCUUGUAGGAGUACUAAUUAGGUUCUUGGAUGUUUUAUUUAUCUUUCGAUCCUUGCCUAAGUAAACUGUACAUGUAUAGAAUCUAACCUUGGUUUUUGGAUCAGCCAUGUUUUGAGAUUUUCUCUUGCCACUAGACAAUAAGCCUCAAAGAUAGCUUCUAGUGAGGUAUUGUUACCUCCACUGGGAAAUACCAGAUGGUACUGUUAAGGUUUUGCUGACAUACAUUCUGUUCUAGUGCCUGUGAACAAACAUCAGUGAGGAAAAUGUUCUCUGGUGACAGAAGUGACUUUCUGUUAAGAGACUUACUAGUUUGCAUAUUUACACUUCAGUCUUAUUUAUGAUGUAGGAGGUGGAGGUAACCAUCUUAUAAACCUCCACUCGUAAUCAAAAUGUGAAAUGUGUGCAUUGUGUUUGUACAAUAAUGCUGCUGCCACUUGCUGUUAUAUGUUAUGGACAACUUAAGAACUGGCUUUCACUAAGUAGCCUAAAACCACUAAGGUUCACUUUGUAAUUUCAUCUUAAAUAUAAGAGAUCUUUGUUUAGUUUUGGUAGUAGACUACUUGUAUUCCUUUUUGAAAGCAAUGCAGCCAGAUCUUACACUAUUAGUGCUCUCUGUAUUAAAAUGCUAAUAAUCUUAAAUCCAUGAACUUUGCUGCUAAAGAUACUUAGAUUGGAUACCAUACUUCUGAAUAUUUGUGCCAAUCAAUGCUGUGUGAAAAACAAAUCCAUACUUUCACAGCAGGAGGAGAGUUGAUUCAUUUUUACAAAUAGUGUGUGUAAUAACUUAAGACUAUCCAACCUUUAUGUAAAUCCUUGAGCUCUAGAAAAUCUUAUGAACAUCUUGUUUUAUACAAAAAAAUGUUGUCAGCCUAGCUUAUUUUUUAAAAAAAAUCAAAAAAAGGGCAGCAUUUUCCAAACCACAUAAUUGCAUAAGAGUAAUUUCUACUGCCUUUCUGUUGGGAAAACUGCCUGAAGACCCAGAACUAUAGGUUAUAAUGAGUUAGAAUCCAGAGACUUGCACCAUAAAUCUGCAUGCGCCAGGCUCUCUAGCUACUUUUUAAAAUAGCAGCCUCUGCUUACUGUGGAAGGCCUACUGCUACCAUAGUGGGGCGGGGGGAGCUGUCAGGUACACCUAAAGCCACAUUUCUUACAAACAGAGUUGGUUAUGCUUAUACCAGUGGGGGGUGGGGGAACUAAAUGUCAAGCUUUGGGCCUGGUUUUGUAAUUUGUUUGAUCAUACUGAAAGGUAGGGCUGCCAGCUCUGGCUGAAGCUUUUCCUGGAGGGUUUUCCCCAAUAUUUGUCACAGUAUCAAGUCAUUAAACGCUUGGCAAUUCUUCUUAUAUUCUUGGAAAUUGAUACAAAUUCCUCCAGAAUCAUUGAGGAUUGCCAACCCUUCUAAUAGAUUCAAUUGCUGGCUUACAUGGCACAUGAAGAUUAGAGGUUCUUGCUCAUGUGUUUGGAAGAACUGUUCAUGUUUUAAAUAUCUACUGUAGUCUUGGUUAUAGCCGUCUUCCACAACGUGUGAUCUACCAGAUAUGUAUGGAAGUUUACCAGGAGCACAAUACAUCUCCUGUUCUAGAUGCCUGCCUGGUAAUGCAGAACAGACAGGGGUGAUGGCAGAAGGGUUAUCCCCUGACAGGUCACGGUCUAUGGCUGUGGGCUACAUUCAGCUUGGUGGCCACAGUUUAUGAAGGCCUUUGCUCUGGUGGCUUUGGACAGGUGACUUUAUGCAGAACCUGCCCUUAAUCUUCACAUCCAUCUGCUUCAGAACCAUUAGAAAUAUCUUUGUGUAUUUAAAACUGGGAAAAUGGAUCAAGCUUCUGAUCCUUUGAAUAAAUUAUUUACUUUUUGGAAAUAUUAAAAACUUGUCUCCACUUAUGUAACCUCAGCAUAGGGAUUCAGAAAUAAGAAAACCAUGAUUACUGUAUUUCCUGUAUGUAAUUGAUGAGCAUACGAGAGCGCAAAACUCAGACUGAAAAUGACUUAAAUCCUCACUGUGACUUGACCACUUUUUCAGUUGAGAAGGGGAAAGCGUGUGCCUUAAAGUAACGAACUGCAUCUACAUGUAAUGUAUAUGGCCUUAGACUGAAUUGAGCAAACCCAUUUUAAAAGUAAAUGUAUUAUUCAGUAGUUUGGUAAUGGAGACUUCAUAGGUGUCCAGGUGCAUUAUCACUUACUUCAGUGUGGGUAAAUUACAAUGCAUUUUAGCCAACCAAAGUUAAAAGAUUUAAGAUUCUGCUUUGUAUUGAUUUCAAAACAAGAAUUAGUAAGGAACAUCAGAUCUUAACUGUAACAACCCUGAUUCAGCAGUCAGUUCUGGGCACAGGUGCACCAAUGCACCCAUAGUACUCUAAUCCCAAAAUAUAUUAUCUGGUGAUUUCAGUAAAGGAAGUCAUCAUGUAUCUUGGCAGGUAUGGAUUGGUAUCAUCUCCCUUGCAUUUUCCAUUGACAUAAAAACAAUGUGUUAAUUGAAAACUUUGGCUGACACCCGGAUUCGUGUUGGACUAGUGCAAAAGAAGAGGUUGCAUGCACUGAAGUUUGUGGAGUUCUAUGAAGUUGCAAUGCUUCAUGACCUGCAGCACAGCCACUAGGGGAAGCCAUUCUGCAGGAUGCGUACAAGGUGGUGCAAUACAUCGACACCUUUCACUAGUUCAUGAACUAGUCCAGAGUGGAUGUUUCUCUGCCCAACACCAUUUGCUCUAGGGGCCCUUGCACAACAGCAUUUCGCUAGUGCAACGUCGUUUGGAUGUGGGUCAAUGAUAACCAUAAGCAGAAGAAUCAUGUAUACAUCUGGUGUCUAGAUUUGGUACUUGACUUUCAGAUCCAGUUUUAGACAAACUACAUAUAAUUAAUAAUAUGGUUGCCAAAUAUUGUAUGUAUUGUUUAUAACCUUUCAAGUUCUUUAUAAAACUUGUUAAAAUUGCUGUAUAUUUUGGAUGAACAUUGGGAUAUAUUUUUGAAAGACAUUACUAAGAGUAACUCUUAAAACUUUUCAUGCAUUUCUGCUUAAAUAUCUUUUGACUGAACGGUUCUUUAAAUUAUGUAUGUUUUCUCGUUUCAGUGUAUAAAGGAAGCUAAAGCAUUUUUUAAAUAGCUAAAGUGUUUUAAGGACCUCUCUUCCAGAAAUAUUUCCUUGUUUCAGUGAAUAUUCACUAAAUAGUUGUGGGGUGGUCAUUCUCAUGUCUGAAAUUAAUAAUUAGAAAUACACAAAAAGAAAAUGUUCUGUCUAUAUUUCAUUUAAUUCUAAUACAUUUAAGAUAUGAGAACACACACUUCUGUAGUGGAAUAUCCACUACUAAAACACUACAAAUAUUUAUAUACCACGAAACGUGGAAAUACUUGUGGAAAUUUUAAAUUGAUUAUUGAAACUUUCCUUUAAAUGCCAAAAUUAAGGACAAUCAUUGUCUAGACUAGAAGUGACAUGAGUCUGAAAAAUAUGCUGUAUUGAGAAAUUGAUGUUAAAGAUAAGAGACUUUCUUCAUCACACUUUAUUUUCAUGAAGCAAAGUAAAAGUCAUUCCCCCACCCCUCGCCCCCAUGCUUUUCUAUGUAGGCUUAACAUUCUGUGCAGCAUGGUAGAAGAGGCCUGGGGGAGGACUUGCUCAAUUUGCAUGUUAGUAUUUGAAACAUAAAAACUGCACUAUCAAAAAGAGUGGAACUCAUUUUUGUACAUCUUACUCUCUUUCAGGUUGCAUACGUUGAUUUUGCAAGGUCUAAAAUUGGUGUGAAUAUUUGGAGUUCUAAUUUCAAAACUUAGAUGUGUGUAACAGUCUUUGCUCAAGCUGUGUGACUGGUAAAUUCUAAUCAUUGGUCCUGCUGUUACAGGGUCCUAAACUGUUUUUGCAGUGCAUGGUGAAUUUGAAUUAAUUGAUGGACUGGUGCUGAACCUUUUGGCACUAAAGGCCUCGAGAUUGACUUUUUGCUCACAUCAGAUCCAUUGUUAGGGUGAAUUACAAGUGAAUGGGGAACCCUUCAUGCGUCUUCAUACAGAGUUUACUCUCAUGUGCUCAGCAGAUAUUUUUUAACAAUCAACUUAAGAUGUGAAUAAACUUUAAAAUGUUUUGUACAGCCUAUUUUAAGUUUCACAACCUUGUGUAUGUUUUGUACUGCAUAUUGAUAUUUUUCAAAUAAUCAGGAUAACGUGUGAGAAGUGCCACGCAGCUGUUCGUCAGCUCUCAUCAGUGGUUGUUGUUGCCUGUAUUUUUGCUGUGCUAAAAUGCUUUCGGGUGCAAUUGUGAACAUUUUUGCCUUCAGUCUUUGCUCAGGUAUUUUAUGUUGGAGCAUUUUGGUGCUUUUUCUUUUUACUUGCAAUAUGUAAUAUUGUGUUGAAGAAAUAAAAAAACAAUGAAAAAGGAAGAGUA